AGGGUUUUUCUGGAGGAAAAAGGCUCUUUGUUUGGGUUUAAACAUGUCUAAAGUGGAGAUGCUGAGGUGUUUCAUCAGCAGGCGGCUCUCUGCGGCCGCUGAGGAGAUCUGUGAGGUGUUUGAGAGAACCAUAGCAGAGUAUGAGAGGAACCUAGAGCUCAGUUCAGAGGAGAACCUGAGGCAGAAGAAGCUGCUGCAUGCUGUCUACAACCCGGAAGUCCAGUUACACACUGCAGACGUCCAGCAGCUGUUGGUGGUUACAGAAGAGUCUAGUGCUGAGCAGCAGGAGUGGAGCUCCAGUCUGGACCAGGAGGACCCAGAGCCUCCUCUCAUUAAAGAGGAACAGGAGGAACUCUGGAGCAGUCAGGAGGGAGAGCAGCUUCAAGGCCUGGAGGAGGCUGAUGACGAGUUCCCUUUCACUUCUGUCCCUGUGAAGAGUGAGGAAGACGAGGAACCAGCCGCUCAAUCCUCUGAACCUGAGACGGUUGUCGGCAGUGAUUGGGAGGAGACUAAGGAACCUGGGUCAGGUUCAAACCCUCUAAAGAACAACAAAGUACCCGUUUGUGAUAUUAAAUGUCAUACUGGGAAAAAAUCAAGUAGCAAACGUUUCAGCUGCUCAGUUUGUAGAACAAGUUUCGGUACCAGCGGCAAUUUGUCUCAACACAUGAGAAUCCACGCCGGGCAGAAACCGUGUAGCUGUUCAGUUUGCGGCAAAAGAUUUUCCCGGAAGUCCUCCUUAAUGACUCACAUGAGACUUCAUUCAGAUGGAAACCAUUUCAGCUGCUCAGUUUGUAAAACAAGAUUCGGUUCCAGCAGCAAAUUGGUCAUACACAUGAGAAUCCAUACUGGGGAGAAACCAUUUUGUUGUCCAGUUUGCAGCAAAAGAUUCGCAAUACACGGAAAUCUGAGACGACACUUGAAAGUCCACACAGGGGAGAAACCAUUCAGUUGUUCAGUUUGUAGUAAAAGAUUCACUCAAAAGGAACACCUGAGACAACACUUGGCUGUCCACACUGGGGAGAAACCAUUCAGUUGUUCAUUUUGUAGUAAAAGAUUUACACAGCAUAGUAAUCUGAGACGGCACCUGGCUCUCCACACUGGAGAAACCAUUUAGUUGUAGCGUUAGCAAAAAAGAUUUACACGACUCUGUUUUGCCAAACAUCAAAAGUGAAUGAGCAGAAAAAAUGAAGCUGCAGAGAUUCUUGUUCAGACACUUUUUUUCAAGGAGGACUGAAGUAGACCUGGUUCAACACUGAUCAGCUACAAACUGUCAGACUCAAAGCUACUACGAGGGACUUUCAUUUAGUGUUGAUUCUGGCGGUCCCUGUGGACGUAAGUGGUAGUGUUUCUGAGCACCAGAGUCCCUUUAGAAAUCCUCUCAUUUUACUGCAGCAGGGUCUGACAGUCUGACCCGCUCAGUCCUGGUUCUGGUUCUCCAGUGCCUCCCUUCCCUCCAGCGGGUCCAGCUAUACGUCCUGGGUCUCCAGCAGCGUGGUGUCGGUGUUGACUCCCAGCGGGGGUUUAUUUGGUCAAAUCACAAACCUUAAGACAAACUCUGAUUUUUCCCCGUUGCAUUUUUAAGAAUGGGCAUCUUAAGACUGGUCUGCAGGUUUACUACAGAAGCUUUGUGAACAAACCUCCAACCACCAAAACAUUGGAACAGGAAAACACAAUGUGUGGAACCAUUAAGAGGAUAUUUUUCUGCUUUCCAGCUCAAUUUUAUUUACUUUUGGGUUGUUCAAAUUAAAAAAAAAAUGCAUCAUGUUUUAGAAGCUCUCUAUAUGUUUUAAGUACAAAGUAGUAGUAACUAAAGUUGUCACAUAAAUGUUGAGUAUUUAGGGAGGGAUGGUGACAUCUGUAGUUCUGCUGGUCGCUUUACAGAUUUAGAUUUUACAUCAGAGGAAAACAAUGAAACAUUUAAUUACGAC